AUGCAAUCCAAAAGAUGUUUUGGUGCUAUCACAGUUCUAUUCAGCAUUUUGAUCUGUGCAAAAUCACAAAGCAUCGAAAAGAUACACCGUUCAUCGUGCAGAAGAGAUGUUCUAAUGAAAGCAACUGACCGUGAUAAAAAGUUGACUGGCACUGCGCAAAAUACCAUAUUGGAGAUCCACGCCGAAAAGCUUUCACUUUGCGCAAAGAGGUGCACAGGGGCAGAGAAGUGUAUGACAAUCAAUUACAAGAGGUUUCCUGCCUCUUUGCAAGAGAAUAAUUGCCAACUGCUGGAUAUUUCGAAAGCAAAUCAAAGCGUUUCAUUGACAAAUGCAGCUGGGUGGAUUCACUAUGAACAAGUAGCGCAGGUUGGACCACGUUGCCGUCUAACGAACUGCGAUCCUGGGUAUUUCUGCAGCGAAGCGUGUUCAAAGUUGACAGGCUACGAAUGCUUAGACAUCGACGAAUGCGAGAGCAGUCCAUGUCAAAAUGGUGGUACCUGUAGCAAUGAUAUAAACAAAUAUACUUGUACCUGUAAAGCGGGCUUUGAAGGAACAAACUGUCAGACAGAUAUAAAUGAAUGUGCAAGCAGUCCAUGUCAAAAUGGCGGCACAUGCGUUGAUGGAGUCAACCAGUACUCUUGCACUUGCGCAGCAGGAUAUGAAGAAACACUGUGUCAGACAGAUACAAAUGAGUGUGCAAGCAGUCCAUGUCAAAAUGGCGGCACAUGUGUUGAUGGAGUCAAUAAGUACACUUGCACUUGUCCAGCAGGAUAUGGAGGAGCACUGUGCCAGACAAAUAUAAAUGAAUGUGGAAGCAGUCCAUGUCAAAAUGGCGGAACAUGCGUUGAUGGAGUCAACCAGUACUCUUGCACUUGCGCAGCAGGAUACGAAGGAACAAUGUGUCAGACAAAUACAAAUGAAUGUGCAAGCAGUCCAUGUCAAAAUGGCGGCACAUGCGUUGAUGGAGUCAACCAGUACACUUGCACUUGCGCAGCAGGAUAUGAAGGAACACUGUGUCAGACAGAUACAAAUGAAUGUGCAAGCAGUCCAUGUCAAAAUGGCGGCACAUGCGUUGAUGGAGUCAACCAGUACACUUGCACUUGCGCAGCAGGAUAUGAAGGAACACUGUGUCAGACAGAUACAAAUGAAUGUGCAAGCAGUCCAUGUCAAAAUGGCGGCACAUGCGUUGAUGCCAUCAACCAGUAUUCUUGCACUUGCGCAGCAGGAUAUGAAGGAACAAUGUGUCAGACAAAUACAAAUGAAUGUGCAAGCAGUCCAUGUCAAAAUGGCGGCACAUGCGUUGAUGCCAUCAACCAGUACUCUUGCACUUGCGCAGCAGGAUAUGAAGGAACAAUGUGUCAGACAGAUACAAAUGAAUGUGCAAGCAGUCCAUGUCAAAAUGGCGGCACAUGCGUUGAUGGAGUCAACCAGUAUUCUUGCACUUGCGCAGCAGGAUAUGAAGGAACACUGUGUCAGACAAAUAUAAAUGAAUGUGCAAGCAGUCCAUGUCAAAAUGGCGGCACAUGCGUUGAUGGAGUCAACCAGUACUCUUGCACUUGCGCAGCAGGAUACGAAGGAACACUGUGUCAGACAAAUAUAAAUGAAUGUGCAAGCAGUCCAUGUCAAAAUGGCGGCACAUGCUUUGAUGGAGUCAACCAGUACUCUUGCACUUGCGCAGCAGGAUAUGGAGGACCCCAAUGUCAAGCAACAUCUGGAGCCAGCUGCAGGGCAUUGUACCUUCAAGGACACACAGUUAAUGGGGUCUAUCUGUUACAAGGUGUUUCUGGUUCAACAUUUUAUGCGUACUGUCAUAUGUCUGACGGUGGUUGGACGUUGAUAGCAAGGUUCUCGAACGCAGAUACAAAGAACUGGAUGCAAAGUAGUGGUUUAUUUUGGUACGACCAAGGAGUAUAUGGAUCAACAACAUCACCAUCGACGAAUGCUGACAUGAUAAAUAGGGCAUUUUUCGAUACUGCUGGAAACGAUAUCAAACUGUCGCGGAGUGAUGUCUCUGCCCAUUCCUUCCUGCUAUACGCCGCUGGAUGUUUCUCUUCAGCGGCAACAUUUCGUGACAAGAUGUCUUCAUAUGGCAAUUUUAGGAACAAUGUGCGAUGGCUUCCUACCAAUGAUGGCUGCAGAGGAAGCUGCACAAUUACUAGCUAUGGAAGCGUGUCUGGAGUUGCUGGAUUUUCACAGUACAGUUGCAGCGGUGACCUCAAACCAAGCAAUACAUUAGGCUUUUGGUGUCAUUAUAGCACAGGUGAUGGAGCAGUGCUUAUGAUUGGUGGUGGUGGCAGUGCGUGUGGACGGGCAGAUCACGGUGUUGGUAUAACAGAGGCAAAUUAUCCAGUAUUUGCAGAUUCAACACCGAAUUAUGAUUUUGGAGAUGAGGCAAACAACGCACAAGCAACUACUUAUGCUUUGAAUCUUUGGAUUCGAUGAACAGGAUCAUUCCAGCAUGGACCUUCAAUAAGGUGUCUAGAGAACUUUUCUUAAUCCAAGUAAAAAGAAGCUCGCAAAACUCACAAAUUGAAAUUGUCAUAACGAAGGCAGACAUUAAGGUCAAGUUUGUAAUUAAUCAGAAAUUUAGGCUAAGAUGAAAAGAGUGUUUUCCACUCUUAUCAGAUUCACCGUUGUAUGCAAAGAUAUUUAAAAUCUUUUUAUGCACAGCGUUGCUAAUCGGAAACAUAUGCAUUUUUAGUUAUCUUUUCUAAAGGCUGAGUAUUUAAAAUUGUUGGCAGAAUGAAACUCUUGCAUGACCAUAAUCAACGGAAGAAAAAAGAGCAUAAAAAUACAAUAAAGUUCAUCACACUAAUACGCCGGAAUAAAAGAGGGGAAAAGAGGAAAGACUUCUUUUUUGUAAUUCUCGCUGCAUGGGCUCUGACUAGAAAAAUUUCCACCUAGAUAAUGUUGGAACUUUUGAACUAACAGAACAAUACGUGAACCCUCGUUUUCAUGUGGUAUUGUUUUAUUUUGCGUUUUACGGGAUAUUUUUUGCUGUCUUAAAAAAUUGGAGAAGAAGGAGUCCAGAAAGACGUUUCACAAGAAUCCUAGAAGACCACAACUUCUACACAAGAAAAACCUCUCAGGUGUUGUUGCUCAAAGCUUUGGAGCCAGGCUUUGAAUUUGGUACAAACAAUUAUAACUUUUCAAAUUGUUGUCGAUUUUCUGAGAAAUCAAAGUGCUAUAAAAGAUUUGACUGUGAAAAUGACUGUAGGUCAUAGGUGUAAAAUCAGACAAUGGUAUUUCCUGUCAAAAUCCUAACUUAAUGUCAUCAAAUUUCCUAACUAAUGCAUAUUGCAAACACUAUCAUCAUUACUUUAACCAAUUUUCUUCAAACUAUUGAUCUACUCUACAUUCAAACCUAGGGCUAUACCUUGAACUCCAAAGUAGAGUCAUAGACACAGAACCAUUAUC